GAAAAUAAUUGUGAAUAAUUGGAAGGGGUGGAAUUUGGUUGAGGAAGGGUGGAUGAAAUCAAACUCCUUGCACUGCACUGCACUCAAGUUAGGAAUUGGAAGACAAUAUUCAAUAGCGUUAUAGAUUUUAGAAAUAAGAUAUUAGGUAUAAUGUUAUGCUAAAAUUAAUGGCCUAAUAAGUUUAAUUUGAAAAAAUUUUGGUGUUAGUGGUCAUGCCUUUACAAAGUGCCGAUAACAUGUCGAAUUCCUCGCACAAAAUGAAAAAAGUAAAGCUACGCGACGACUGCGUUAAACGAUGGGAAAUAAUGCUGCUUCUACUCUCUUCAGAAGAGAAGAAAAUCGACAGAACGAGGGAGAACGAAAUUGACACUAUAAAUUACUUCUACAACAAUGAGCGCGUAAGAAAGAUUCUAUUUCAUUGGUUGGAAGAGCUGCACAUGGGGAAUGCAAAGAAGAUUUCAGAAGUCCACACGGCUCAGAAAUGUGACGAGAUCUCCAACUUGUGGAAGGAACGCGGCAAUGAAAAGUUCAGGAUGGCUUGCUACGAAGAGAGCUGGGAAUUCUAUUCUAACAGCGUGUUGUACGCGCACCAGGACGGAGAUGUCUUCCCUUUGGCUUUGGGCAACAGGUCUGCUGCCUUGUUGAAGAUGAAGAAAUUUAAGGAGAGCUUGUCAGACAUAGAACUGGCGUUGACGCACGGCUUCCCGACCGACAAACGCCACAGAUUGCUGCUCCGACAGGCGGAUUGCCACUUCGAACUCCAAGACAGGGAGAAGUCGCACGAGGCGCUCCAACAAGCCGUCGCACACGCAGCUAGUCUGCGCUUGUCUAAGUCUGAUGCAGCGGAGUUCGAGCGUUACGUGAAGAAGCUGGAAGACAGUCUCCAGCACACCCCGUUGCUGCAGCCUGAUGCUGAUGAGCCGCUGCCAUCGUGCCUCAACGGAGACAACCCUAACUUCGUCGCCGCCUCUAAAGCCUUGGAGCUUAGACGUAGCGACACAGCGGGCAGGUACGUGGUGGCUGCGCAAGAGUUGCGGCGCGGCGACGUCAUCUUCUCAGAGGAGCCGUACGCGUGGGUAGCGUUGCCUUCCAAGCAGCCUAUAUGCGAGACAUGCUGUACGAUAACAUACAGUCCUGUGCCUUGCGCCAUCUGUUCCCGUAGCGUGUACUGUUCCCUGUCGUGCCGCUCCCGCGGGAAUCCCUUCCACCGCUGGGAAUGCGUGGGAAUGCAAGCCGACCUCUUCGGGGCCAUCGGUAUAGCGCAUUUAGCUAUAAGAGUAUUACUUAUAACAGCGAACGCGGGGUUUCCCCCCGUCCCCUGCGGUCAACCCCCGCCCACCACCGCCGAGGAACUGUUCGCCGCGUACUCUAAGGUCGAUGACCUCAACAUAUACAGGGCGGACUCACCGCCAUUCUACAGGAUGUUCAAUCUCGUGACCAAUUUCGAUAAGAUGAACAAUUUCGAUUAUAUACAGUAUGCUUUGACAGCAGUGAUGCUAACGAUUUACUUGGAGAGCUACACGGAGUUCUUCGAGCAUCUCACGUCUAGAAUGCCGUACAGGCUGACAGAGCCCCAGCUGAAGACUUUCUCCGCGGCGCUCAUGUUGCGAAGUCUCGGACAGCUCGUGUGUAAUGGACACGCGACCUUGUCGCUGAUGACCUUCGAUGAUGAUGACGCUAAAGGGUGCACGGUGUCCGAACAGGAAGUGAGGCGAGCGACCGCCAUAUAUCCGUCGGCGGCCAUGAUGAAUCACUCUUGCGAUCCUAAUAUCAUCAACACUUUUCACAACAACCGCCUCAUAAUCCGUUGCGGCCGAGAACUUCACCCCGGAGCGGAAGUGCUCAAUUGCUACGGGCCGCACAAGGCCAGGGAGCCUACGGCGCAUCGCCGGGCGCAGUUGAAGGCUCAAUACAUGUUCAAUUGUAACUGCGCGGCGUGUAGCGACGGCCAGAGGAAGGAUUUUGUGUUGCUAUUCACCGCGUACGCGUGUCAGUCGUGCAAGGGCCCCGUGGUUUGUGGCGGUAGGAGGGCCGCGUGCCCCCAGUGUCACGCCGAAUUCCAGCUGGACAGGGCGUUGGCGGCUAUAGAUCACGCGGACGAGUUGUUGGCUCAGGCGGACAGCGCGGGCACACUGGAGCAGAAAUGCGAGCGGAGCCAGGCGGCGUUCCGAGUGAAGCAACAGGUGUGGCACAGGCACCACACGGGCCUCAGGGCAUUGGCAGACCGCCUGGCUAGAUAUUACGCGGAUCUAGGUGAUUUCACAAAAAGCGUGGAACUCAUCAAACAGAAUAUACAGAGUCUGGAAUAUCAAUAUGGUUCCUUCAGCGUCGAGGUGGCGCACGAGCUGAGGAAGCUGGCUGAAGUAAUGCUGACGAGGAUCAUAAGGUCACCCCACAAUCCUGAUUACAGAGAUUGGUGUCUCGAAACGCACAAAAUAACAAAGAAGGCGGUCCAGCUUUUGGACCUGAACUACGGGUGUUGGGAACCUUUGGUGAAGCGGCUGAAGGAGCAGGAGGCCACGGUGGCGGCUCUGCUGGCCAGCAACAGGGCUCCCAAUGACGACUGCAUACACCAUAACCUACAUUAUAACCUCAAAAUAUAGCUUUGAGUGUUGUUGAGGUUCAUUUCUAUCUGAUCGGAAU